UGGUGUACAAUGACAACACGUGAUAUAAAAACUCGACGUUCGGUAUGUUUUAGUACCAAUAGAGCACAUUUUGUGUUACAAACGAUAAAAAUUGCAGCACUUAAAACACAAAACGCAUUUUUGUUUUUUCACAUCGAGGCUGUUGAUAAUUAAAUUGUUAUAAGUGAAAAAUUUGAUUGUUAUCAAAUGUAAUCCAUUAUCAAAGGACAUUCAAGUUGAUGUUUCUCGCCGCACGAAAACCGAGAAAACGAACCUCGGAAUUCUUGCUAACAGUUUACUCUGAAUAAAUUAUUUAAAUUCUGAUUUUUAUAAAUUGUUUUUGAGUUGGUUUAUAGUUGAUUUACUACUUGAUUUUAUACUGCAGUUUUACUGCCAUAUUAUGUUUCAAACUAUGUCUGCUAAAUCGAUUACAUUUUUUUUGGCACUGACCUUGCUUAUCAGUUUGUUCACGUCCCUUAGUUGUUUGACAGUGUACACCCAGCCCGCAAUCAUAGCCACAGAAUUCGAGAAGUUCGAAUGGAUGGCCAGCUUCAUCUCUAUACAGGAACAGGUGACAGCCAUCAACCUUUAUGGGGAGUUCAAUGACAGCAGAGGUCAAGUGAAGAUUCUGAGUUAUAUCCUGGGAGAUAGAACUGGGAAGCAGUACUACAACGGAUACUCCUCCAGAAAUGUCGUCAUUCAAGUGGACGAAGACAAACUAGAAGUGUACAAGGAAAAGUCAACCUCAGCCUCGCCCAAUACAGUAGGCGUCAUCUACCUCUUUGUAAACCCCAAACUAAAAGACAGUGGAAAAUACACCAUGGAAGUGACUGGCACGAAGAUCGACUCCGGGAAAGAGCAAUCAGGUUCAGCCAGUGUCACAAUCACAGUAAAACAGCCGGAUAGUGCAGACAUGACAGUGAUUGAAGUGGCCGGUCGAAUUGGAUUUCCCCUUGAAUUACCCUGCAGCCUCAUUGCAGAACAGUCGCGCAUGAAAUCAUUCACUGCUGUUUACUGGCGAAAAGGUCCAUUUCUCUCCUCGUCUAAGCUGAUCACACAGUGGUUGCAGUAUCGAGAGAGUCCCGACUUCGCAACAUCCGCCGACGACAACAAGGACGACCAGAAGCGAAUCAGUUUCCGCCAACGCACUUCCGAAUCCGUGUUCGAGACAUCGCUGGACGCGACCUUGAGGGUCUCUAGUCUGAUUCGGGCGGACUUCGACAACUGGUGGUGCGAAGUCGAGUUUAACCAAGAGGACGCGGUGGUCGUCUAUAAAGUGGACGUUGUCCCAGACACUGUUCCAAAAUACAACCACACUAAAGAGGGGAAAACUGACAACAAACCCGAAGCGAGUCUGUUCGAUCACAUGUAUGUCGUGUUGGAUCCCCCCUACAUCUACUACCUGGUGGGAACUGUAGUCACCGCUAUUGUUAUCAUCAUCAUCACUUGCUUGUUCAUAUACUGUGUUCUAGUGCCUGUCCACGACAAGAAACGCCAGAGGAGAAACAGGAGAGACACUCAGAUGUACCCUGUGGCCCACAGAAUGUCACACGUGUCCAUAGUGCCUUGUGAGAUUUGCCAGGAGAACGCAAUCGACUGUUUCGCUAUGCCAUGUGGACAUACAUACUGCGACGAAUGUCUGGAUAACUUAAUCAAAAGUUCCUCUGUGUGCGUAUUCUGUCGAAGAGCAAUCCACAAGAAACAAAGACUGUACAACAAGAUUCAAACCGACUCUUACCUGUGAACAAAUAAGGACAAAAAACUAGGACGCAAAAAUUCUGUCGAAAACGACGUUCAAGAAAAUUGAUAUUUAUCAUAAAAAUAACUUGGCUCCAAAAUAGAAACCGUUUUUACAUAUGACUCCUCAUAAAAUUAGCACCAAAUAAAUCUGUUUGAAAAAAUCACCCACCAAGUUGCUAUAAUAAUUCAGUCAAUUGUUUUUUUUCUAUCACUUUAAUUGUAAUUCAUUGUAAAAAUAUUAGUUUUCAGUUUCUAUUCUAUUCUUAAUUUUCUUUUAACAAUUCAAA